AAGGAGAACGCGGAGGACGCGGAAGCAAAAGCAGGAUAAAAGAAGGAGACGACGAAGGUAUAGUGCUUGAUAGACAAACUUCGUCAGCACUGCUGAUUUAAAUUGGAAGAAAACUACAAUGACUCGCCAUGGGAAGAACUGUACAGCCGGGGCUGUCUACACAUACCACGAGAAAAAGAAAGAUACAGCUGCAUCUGGUUAUGGAACACAGAGCAUUCGACUGGGCAAAGACGCGAUCAAAGACUUUGACUGCUGCUGCCUGUCCCUGCAGCCCUGUCAGGAUCCUGUGGUGACUCCAGAUGGAUACUUGUAUGAAAAACAGGCCAUUCUUGAAUACAUUCUUCACCAGAAGACAGAAAUUGCCAAAAAAAUGAAGGCAUAUGAAAAGCAGAAGCAAGCGCAGAAGAGCAGUAGCCAGCUUGAGUCCAAGUCAGAGGAAAGAGAGAGGGUGGAGAGGUUUAAAACCAGGGAGAACAGCAUUGUGUCCAAGCCCAUCAACCCAUUCACAUCUGGGCAGAGCAAAGGAGGUGAGAAGAGCAGGACAGACAGCAGCUCAGCAGAAUCAUCCACUAUUUCAGCUGCCACUUCCAGCCAGAGCCUGCCCAGUUUCUGGGUUCCUUCACUGACACCAGAGGCCAAGCCCACAAUGCUUAAGAAACCAAGUAAGGCUGUGUUAUGUCCCAUGUCAGGACGACCCAUUAAGAUGAACGAGCUUAUUACAGUGCGCUUCACCCCACUGGACUCAAGCCUGGACCGAGUGGCCCUGCUCACCCGCCAGGACCGGUAUGUAUGUGCAGUAACCAGAGACGUCCUGGGCAACAGUGUCCCGUGCGCUGUUCUGCGACCCUCGGGUACUGUGGUAACUCAGGAGUGUGUGGAGAAGUUGAUCAAGAAGGACAUGAUUGAUCCUGUGACUGGAGACAAACUGUCUGACAAAGACAUUGUACCACUGCAGAGGGGUGGAACCGGCUUUGCUGCCUCUGGGGUUGACCUCCGUGCCAAAGAGGCUCGUCCAGUGAUGCAAGUGUGAGAAUAUGGGGUCUUAACGGCGUUGUCACCAUGACUGUAUGUACAGUACAUCCUAACUUUAGUUCUAUGAUAUACAGUAUGUUUAUAACGGUGUAUGAACAACUUUCACCUGUUUUGAUGACCUUUUGGAGGUAACUAGCAAUUAGUUGGGUUUCUUUUUUAGUCCCUCCAUAGAUAUUUUGUCAUUCAUGUAAAAUACAGUUUUAUCCUGAAUAACAUUUUUAUAUUUAAAAGAUUGUCUGUCAAUGUAUGAAGAGUAUUUGCAGCCAGUGAUAAUAAAGCAUUUCCAAAUCCUA